AUAAAACUUAUUUGAAACCAUGAUCAAACACUGGAGUGCUACCUCAUUGUUGGCACUUGUACUGCUUUGCUGUUUCACUGGGACAAAGGUUGAAGCAAGGAAGAAGUCUUCCGGACGGCAUAGGGAUCUUCCAGAUCCACCCUACGAUCACCCUUAUGACCCACAACAUCCGCCAGAUCAAGAACAGAAGAAUCCUUCAAACCCUGAACCACCUUAUCCCCCUGACCAAGUCUUUCCACCUUAUGUAACUGUUCCUCCUCCAAACUCUCAAAACCCAAAUGUUCCACUACCAUGGCCAUUUCCUCCAUCUUCUCCAUCGCAAAAAUCUCAACCACCAAAAAAGACAUUAUUUGGAGAUGACCAGAAUCCACUUGUGGCAGGAGCCUUUUUACGAGUUCUCCAAUCUGACCAACCCAACCCAAAGUUUACACAAAACCCACCAAGGAGAUAUUUUUCAUCCUCACAUCACAAUGUGGACUCGACAUCAGACCACGAAGUGCAUUAUCCCAUGAAUUAUCACUCUGUCUUCUACCCUCCUCCAGGGUCAAAUCCACCAAACUCGAAACCAAUAAGGAUUCAUCAAAGGGAACCAUAUACAUACUACGAUGAUUUGCACAUGUUGCUGCGUGCUCCACAUGCGGGUCAAGAUCAUCAGCUACUCAGUGAUUCUUCAUCCCCUACAAAACCUGUGAACCAACCGCCUUCAUUUCCUGGAAUACCUGUGCCCCCAGUAUAUCAUUUAGCCCGUCAUCCUUCACACCACAAAAAAGAUGAGGACCAGUCAACGAGGAAUCCUUCAUUAUCCAGACCACCUGUUGUCUCUGUUCAUCACCAAACCAAUAAUCCUCCCUUCAACCAAUUACCUCCACCACCCAAGUACCCACCAAAGCACCCACCAAAGGAUCAUACAAACGAUGGCAAUCCAGCGGGAUCCAUCCACAAACAGAGAAUUCCUUUAUUAUCCUUAAACAAUUGGUUCAUAGAUCCAACUAGAAAACAUGUAGACCAAGAACAUCAGCAUCCUAUCCAUCAACAACAGUCAGUGCCCGGCGAUUCAGCAUCCCCUCGACUGAAUAUGGGCCUUUAUUAUUUUAAUACGAAAGGAAAAAGUGUGGAACCUCGAGGAUUUGCAGAUAAUCAAUAUUCCCAGAUACAUCAGGAACAGCACCCUGAGAAAAAGACGUCAGUCCCUUAUAAACCCAGUGUGAAACAGCCCAACCUUCAGACAUGUGACGUCCCGGAUUUCCAAAGAAUUCCAUGUGGAAGUUCUGACAUUUCUGCCUCUGCAUGUGAAGCCAUUAGCUGCUGCUACAGAAGUCACCAGUGCUACUUUGGGAAAAGUGUGACUGUCCAGUGCACCAGGGAUGCUCAGUUCAUUGUGGUAGUGGCCAGAGAUGCCACUCUACCCAACAUAGACAUAGAGACUAUCUCACUGUUGGCGGAUGGUCCAGGCUGCACACAGGUUGACUCCAAUUCCGCUUUUUCCAUCUUCCAGUUUCCUGUGACUGCAUGUGGAUCUGUUGUCAUGGAGGAUGGUGACAAAAUAAUCUAUGAGAAUAGGAUGACCUCCUCAUAUGAAGUUGCAGUGGGGCCUCUGGGGGUCAUUACCAGGGACAGCAGCUAUGAUUUACUCUUCCAGUGUAGAUACUCAGUCACGUCUGUUGAGACUGUGGUUACAGAAAUUAUACCAUUACAGGAUCCUCCUUUAUCUGUUGCUGCUCUGGGUCCCAUUCAUGUCCAGCUAAGGUUGGGGAAUGGACAAUGCCAUACAAAGGGUUGUAAUGAAGUGCAAGUGGCCUAUAGCUCCUAUUAUUCAGAUGGAGACUAUCCUGUGAGCAAGAUCUUGAGGGACAACGUUUUCGUGGAGGUUCGGCUCACGGACAGGACUGAUCCAAAUCUAGCACUGACCCUGAGUCGCUGUUGGACCACCACAAGUGCCAGUCCUCACAGUGUGCCUCAGUGGGACAUUCUGAUCAAUGGGUGUCCAAACAUUGAUGAUCGCUACAUAUCUCACCUGGUUCCUGUUGUUGGGGUGGACUUCCCAAGUCACUACAGGCGCUUCAUUUUCAAAAUGCUUACCUUCGUAGAUCCAAAUUCACUAAUACCCCAGAGUGAACAUGUGUACAUUCACUGUAGCACAUCUGUAUGCAAUGCAGCCUCAGGCCAUUCCUGUGAGCCUGUAUGCUACAGAAAAAAGAGAGAUGUGAUGUCUACAGAACAAACAAAGGUGCCAUCUAGGAUUGUGGUCUCAGCUGGACCUCUGGUUAUGAACAUACCUUGAACAGCAAACUGCAGGGAUCAUGUUUUGCCAGACCCUUAUUUUUAUAGCAUUUGGAAGUUGACCAACGUUAAGUGAACCUCUAAGUUUAAAAUUAUAAUGACUGCCAUUCAACUCAAGGGAACAAAGACUGUCGGCUGUCCAAAUUGCUUUGUCUUAAAAAUUGUAUUCGGUAUGACAGCAUUAUUUACUUUUUUUUUUAUUUUUUGUGGAUUUCUAAUUUCAACCACAAAACAAUUACAUUUUUAAAAGCCUACAUUUUAAUUGCUUUGCAACAGAAUGUGCUAAUCAAUAUCUUUACAUCUAAAAAAACAGAAGCCUGUUUUAUGCAUUUUUUUACACUGUACAGGUGGUAAUCGUAAAACAUUAUGUAUUAUAGUAAUAGUUUUGAAAUAAGGUGAAAAAAGGGGGGAAAUAAUGUGAUAGUUCCUCUUUAAAAGUAGAAGAAUACAGUGUUCGUUAAACUUUUAAAUACAUUUCCCGUUUCAAUAACGAUACAACCACAUUCACUGUCUAUAUAAGGGCUGCGAGGAAUAGAUGACAGGAUUCUCUGUCAAGGUAUACCGUAGGCAUUUGCCAUCUUGAACGCAUCUUGAGUGGAAAAACGUUCAACUCGGGAGUGCUGUCACUGCAACGUUGCACAGGAAUAAACAAAAAAUGCCAAGCUGCUUCCUGGUAGGUUGCUGAGCAACCAUCUCUUAACUCAUUGCCCGUCAUUGCCGACGAUGGAUGUCCUGCCAGCCCUCUCAGUCAGACUAGAUUGAAUCUCUAUCACCGUUUAGGGCUGCCAGUCAGUUAACACAGGCAUGAUUGCACUGGACCACCAUCGCCUCUGCACCCUGGCCUGAACCCUCC